AUGGAUGAAAGAAAUAAAACCCAGAUCUGGGUAAGUGAGUUUUUUCUCCUGGGACUGUCUAGUAUCUGGGAGAUUCAGAUAUUCCUCUUUGUACUGAUUCUGGCUAUGUACUUGGUAACUGUAAUGGGAAAUUUUCUCAUUAUUUUUCUAAUCAGAUUAGACAGCAGGCUUCAUACCCCUAUGUACUUCUUUCUUAGUUUUUUAUCCUUGGUAGAUCUUUGUUAUGCAAACAGUAUUGCCCCACAAAUGCUUGUUCACCUGCUUUCAGCUCAGAAGUCUAUUCCAUUUCUCAACUGUGUGAUCCAGCUCUUCAUUUCCUUGGCCUUGGGUGGCUCUGAGUUCUUCCUGCUGGGAGCUAUGGCCUAUGACCGCUAUGUGGCUGUGUGCUACCCACUGCAUUACACAGUCAUCAUGCAUGGACGGGUGUGCCUAGGGCUGGCUGCCAGUUGCUUGAUGGGUGGUUUCACAAAUUCCCUGAUGGAAACUGUCAUGACCUUCCGGCUUCCUCUGUGUCACAAUGUUAUUAAUCACUUUACCUGUGAGACCCUGGCUGUGCUACGGUUAGCCUGUGUGGACAUUUCCUUCAACAUGGUCCUGGUGGCUAUCUCAGGCUUUCUGGUCAUUAUGCUUCCUUGUUCCUUGGUCCUCUUCUCCUAUGGUCGGAUAGUUGCUGCCAUUCUGCGCAUUCGUUCUACUGAGGGGCGUAGGAAAGCGUUCGGAACCUGUGCUUCCCACCUCACUGUGGUUUGCAUGUGUUUUGGAGCCACCAUAUUCACCUACUUGGGACCUCGUUCAGCUUCCUCAGAGGAAGAGGAAAAAAUUAUUUCUCUCUUCUAUGCUGUGGUAGCACCUAUGCUGAACCCCUUAAUUUACAGUUUGAGAAAUAAAGAAGUUAUGAGUGCUUUCCAGAAAGCUUUAGAGAAAAUUAGGAAUAAAGGGUAA